GCGCGGUGAGGCUUCGGCUCUUCGCUGCUGCUUUCGUUUUGCGUGUUUCGUGCAGAUUUCUGUGCGUUGUGGCGGACGUUCUCCUGCUCCUGGAUGUUUGGGAGGCCGGGACUUCAGCUCGGGGGGGUUUAGGAGGCUCCAGGCUCCGCGCAGGAGGUGUUUCAGUGUGAGAGGCAUGCUGCCCGUGGUGGUGGUCCACGGAGGGGCGGGCCACGUCCCGAGGACCCGGGCCGAGCAGUCCCUCUCGGGGGUGUGCUCUGCGGCGCGGGGCGGGUACGCCGUGCUGCGAGGAGGCGGCAGCAGCAUGGACGCCGUGGUGGAAGCGGUGAGGAUUCUGGAGAAUGACCCACACUUCAACGCAGGUUGUGGGUCGGUGCUGAACGUCAGAGGAGACGUGGAGAUGGAUGCGAUAGUCAUGGAUGGAAGAACUCUGAGCAGUGGGGCGGUGUCCGCCGUGCGCAACAUAGCGAACCCGGUCCAGCUAGCAAGACUGGUUAUGGACAAGACCAGCCACGCCUGUCUGACAGCAGGGGGCGCCCAGCAGUUCGCCCGAUCCCUGGGGGUCCCCGAGGUGCCCCAGGAGUCCCUCAUCACCGAGUACUCCCGCAUGCGCUGGAAAAAGAACCUGGCACCCGACGCCAACCCUGUGGAAUGCCAAAUGGGGAAGAUGGGCACGGUGGGAGCGGUGGCAGUGGACCGCGAGGGCAACGUCGCCUGCGCCACCUCCACCGGAGGGAUGCUGAACAAGAUGGAGGGCCGGGUGGGCGACACCCCCUGCAUAGGAUCUGGGGGUUAUGCUGACAACCAGUCAGGAGCGGUGUCGACCACAGGCGUCGGUGAAGCCAUCAUGAAGGUGACACUGGCCCGACUCAUCCUGUUCCACAUGGAGCAAGGUCAGUCCGUGGAGGCUGCCAGCGAUCUGGGUCUGGCUCACAUGAAGUCCAGAGUGGGGGGGCUCGGCGGGGUGGUGACCGUGGACCCCCAGGGCCGCUGGGCGGCUCGAUUCAACAGCCUGCAGAUGGCGUGGGCCGCGGGGCAGAACGGCACGCUGCACUACGGGCUGUACGCCGGGGAGGACUUCACCCAGAGCAUGGACCCGGACCAGGACCCGGACCAGGGCCACGGCCCGCCGCCCGCCGGAGUCCGACACUGACACUGAGCUUUAUUUUUUUUGCAUUUUGGUGAUUAUUUCUUCCCUAUAUGUCCUUCGUCUUCUGUGUCGGUGCAUUUUGGUGCAAAAUCCCUCUUGACACACUGGAGUUCAGAUUAAUUUGCUGCUAAUCAAUCAGAUAAACACGCAUUAGUCCUUUAUAGACAAAAAGCAGUGUGCUUCCAGAAAAGCUGUGUUAAAAACUUAACUGUAAAACCACCAAACAUUCAGUCAUUUUCUGGGUUUUAACCUUUUCAGAGCCAGUCUGAUGACUCCGUGUCUCUGCUGUCAUCCCGCAAAUUAAAGGCCCGAAAUAUUUUAUGACUUCGAUGGAUUUUCUGAAGCUGCAUGAAAAAUAGCUAAAAACAACACAACACUGUCAGUGUUUGUUGGUUUGUUUACACAUCUAAGGGGAAAAAAAAACACUUUUUUCUUCUUCUUAAACAGUAAUAUAUAUUAUAUCAAAGUGUAUUUGAUUAAACUGCCAUUUAUUUCAAAUGGUUUUCUUUGGUAGUUUUGUUCAGAGCUGAACUUCUGUCGGAGACAAAAAAUAUAUGAAUGAGUUUUUGGUACAGUUUUUUUGCAGUUUUUUUUAAUUGACGCUUCUGUCAUUUAUGUCUUCUGAGUUGGUUCUUUAUUUCUACAAAUGUGACGGUACAUCCUACUAACAAUAAAAAAAUCAACUAUUUAUCCACCUACAUGACUGUGUUGCAGAGAGGAUUUAAAAUGAGAUAUUAACAAGAAAAGUUUUUCAGGUGAAACAUGUUAAAGUAACUUUUUAGAAAACUUAUUUUCACAUUUUUCCUGGAAAAUGGAAAAUAUUUGUGUUGAUUUUGUCAUUUCUAUAAAAAUCUGAGAUGUUGAAUUAGCGUAAAAUAAAGGAUGUGACAUCAGGGUGACUGCUGAAUGUGUGAUCUGAUUUCUGAAUAAAA